AUGGGUUCAGUUAACACAUCUCUGUUUGUAAUAAACACCUUAUCUGGUGUCUUGGGUAUCCUCGGCAAUGGUCUUGUGAGUCUUGUCAUCAUCUUCGAACGCUCUAUGCACACGAACACCAACGCCUUGAUCCUCCACCAAGCAACCAUAGACUUCUUGGGAUCAGUCUUCAUUCUCGCACACGCAUACCUCCCUAAAGUUGACCCGAUACCCCAAGGCAUCGAAGGAGUGCUGAGCUGUGUCCUGUGGAACUCUCGCUACUUCCUCUUCACGCUCUUCGUGGCGUCAACCUACAGCCUCAUAGCUAUAACCUUCGAGAGAUACUUUGCUAUUGUCCAUCCAUACCGCUAUGGGAGACUCUUUCACGGUAAGAAACCCAUCGGUUUGAUCCUAGCCGGUCUUUGGAUACUCGUCUUGACCUUUCGACUCUAUGUUGUGUUCCAAUGGUCAGUCAGUGACGGGAGUUGCGUCGGAAAGCCAAACGGUCAUGGACUUGCCGUUAUUAUCUUCAUGUUCCAAUACAUUAUUCCUCUUGCACUGAUGUCGUACAUGUACUUUGGGAUAGCUGUGGCGAUAUCAAAAAGUGCACGAAGGAUAGUACCUACGGUGUCCGAUCAAGACAAUCGCAACGGGGGAGGGGAGUCGCUCUUACGGGCCAGACGUAACACAUUCAAAGCUCUACUCAUCGUAUUCGUUACAUUCGUGCUGUGCUGGUCACUCAACCAAGUCCUGUUUUUCCUUCACAAUAUGGAUUGGCGUAAGUUAUCAUUCGAUACCACAACCUACAUCAUCUCCGUUGCGUUGGUAUCCAUGAAUUCCUGCAUCAAUCCCUUCAUUUAUGCCAUCAAAUACAAGAAGUUCAAACAGGCUAUGCGGCGGCUGUUUUACCGAGCAGCCGGGAGGGAGGAUCGAUUGAAUUUAACGGACGAGUACCCGGGUACCGACCAGGGAUCGAAUCAAUAA